CCACCAUUCUGGCCUUAAUUUUUUGAGUUCCACCAUAUACUCCGGAACUCCAAGGUCACAGAAAAUGAAGUUUCAUCAGGGAGAGAAACUCUACUUUCAUUGAAGUGAGAAAAGUACCCAAUUGCGCCCUCUCCUCCUUUCCGUCUCUUUAAGCUUCAAACACCGUUUUAUGUGUUUAGGGUUUUCUUUUGCUGCAAAAACAUCCACCGUCUAGGUAAGUAUCUGGUCUAACCUUAUCUCAGUAAGUCUGUAUCUGGUCUAUUAUUUUCAAAUGCCAGCUUUACGGCUUAUUUCUGUUUAAUUACUGAUUUCAAAUCACUGAUAGAGAGAAGGAUAUUGCUACUAGUCUAGCACUUGCUCCUUUCUUCCAGUGCAGCUAUAUUAUUUUUCAAAUCUUUAAAAACCAAAUUAUGGGUUUGAUCCUUUCAAAUUUUUCUACUAGUCUAGCACUUGCUCCUUUCAAAUUAUGGGUUUGAUCGAUAAUGUGAUGAUCAAUCUUGGGCUUCAAAAUGAAGUGACUGUAAAUUUGGGUUUGGACAUUGUAUCAUAUCCGGGCUGAGAGGAGCAUGGUUUUUGACUGUUCUUACCGUUAUAUGAUUUAUAGGAUGUUAGAGCACAAACAGGAUGGGUUGUUUUUGGAGCAUAGCCAUUUGAAGAUGUCCCGGAUUCAGUACCAAAUGAAGCAAGAAAGUGGUUAUUUGACAUACCCACCUCCUCUCCUUCCUUCAUAUUUAUCUCCUCCAUCUACUGGUACUUUCCAGAAAGAACCACCCUCCUCGCCCUCAUCUCCAUCAUCAUCUGGCAGUAGAAUUAGCCCAGCUCUUCUUUUUAUUAUAGUAAUUCUUGCUGUCUUAUUUUUCAUCUCGGGGCUUCUCCACUUGCUUGUUAGAUUUCUCGUAAAGCAUCCAUCUUCUUCAUCCUCUCCUCAAUCAAAUAGACACCCUGAAAUUUCCACCUCCGAUGCUCUUCAGAGACAGCUUCAACAGCUUUUCCAUCUCCAUGAUUCUGGUUUGGAUCAAGCUUUUAUAGACGCCCUUCCUGUUUUUCAGUACAAAGAGAUAGUUGGUCUAAAAGAGCCUUUUGAUUGUGCUGUAUGUCUCUGUGAAUUCUCCGAAAAGGAUAAGCUGAGAUUGCUUCCGGUGUGUAGCCAUGCUUUUCAUAUCAGUUGUAUAGAUACCUGGCUCCUCUCCAACUCUACAUGCCCUCUUUGUAGAGGCACCCUUUUCGCUCCUGGCUUUUCAAUGGAAAACCCAAUUUUUGACUUUGAUGAUAUAAGGGAAGAUGACGAGUUUCCUGGUCAUGGAGAAAACGUCUACCCAUGUAGUCAGAAAAAUGUAAAUGCUGAAGAAAUUGUUAUUGAGAAGGGGGUUUUACCAGUGAGAUUGGGAAAAUUUAGAAGGCUGAACGGUGAGCCUGGGGAAGCAGGAGGAGAGACCAGCAGCAGCUAUUUGGAUGCAAGAAGAUGUUAUUCAAUGGGUUCGUAUCAGUAUGUUCUUGGUGAAUCAGUCCUCCAAGUUCCGCUCUGCCAUGAUCGUCCUACCGAUGAUUCGCAGCUUGCAAAUAAUGGGAAUUCUUUAGUUGACAAUGAUAUGGGAGGGAAAAACAUUGGUAGCUUAACCAGGGGUGAGAGUUUUUCUGUCUCCAAGAUCUGGCUCUGGUCUAAGAAGGGAAAGUUUUCAAGUUCUUUAGGGCCCCAAAUUGGUAUGUCUUCCUCUCUUAAUGCAGAUUUGCCAUGGAUAGAGGGAACACGAGAGAAAUGACAGGUAAUUUCUCCGGCUUCUUGUGCGGUGGUUAAUCAGUUUGUCGAAGCUUGGUCUUGUCUUUGCUUAGGUUUCUUCUCCUGGUAAAUUCUUGGCAUGCUAAUUUGGAAAUCAUAAUGAUUGGCUGUGGCAUAUUUGGAAUCUUUUAUGUUUUAUAUUGAAACAAAAAAAAUACCCUAAUGUCAAAUGAAGUUUCUUACUAAAGGGAAUUGACAACUUAGAGUUGUAUUUUGGUGAUCUCAAGUGUUUAAAUAGUUCAGGCUAUGUUUUUAUUACUGUUAGCAUUGUUGCAGGAUGAGGUAGACUCAUAGUCUUCUUCUAUUAUGGUUAUGGAAGGAUGUAAUUACAUGA